UUCAAGUUGGAUCACACAAUAGAUUUUCUUCGGAAGGACACAAAGUCACAACACAACAAUCUAAGUCUAAACAAAAAUAAAAUAAAAUGAAGGCAAACAAGACGCCGAUCCACGCCGUGACGACAUGGGUUCGGCGGCAACCGCCCAAGAUGAAGGCCUUUCUGGCGGUGCUUUCGGGCCUCACUGCUUUGCUCUUCCUCAGAAUGGUGGUUCACGACCACGACAGCCUCUUCGUCGCAGCCGAGUUUGUUCAUGCAUUAGGAAUAUCCGUCCUCAUUUUCAAGCUCACCAAGGAAAAAACUUGUGCUGGACUUUCACUUAAAUCACAGGAGCUGACGGCUAUGUUUCUAGCUGCUAGACUGUACUGCAGUUUUGUCAUGGAAUAUGAUAUACACACCAUACUCGAUACGGCAACAUUGGGGACGACUCUCUGGGUCAUUUACAUGAUACGCUUCAAACUGAAAUCCAGUUAUAUGGAUGAUAAGGACAACCUUGCAAUAUACUAUGUGGUGAUACCUUGUGCUGUGUUGUCCUUGUUUGUUCAUCCAACAACCCGGCAUCACACUUUUAACAGGAUUCUUUGGGCCUUUUGUGUUUAUCUUGAAGCUGUGUCUGUUCUCCCUCAGCUGCGGGUCAUGCAGAAUGCUAAGAUUGUUGAACCAUUCACAGCACACUAUGUUUUUGCCCUUGGAAUUGCAAGGUUCUUGAGUUGUGCACAUUGGGUCCUCCAGGUAUUAGAUACUCGCGGACGUCUACUAACUGCUUUGGGUUAUGGAUUGUGGCCUUCUAUGGUACUUCUAUCAGAAAUUGUCCAAACUUUCAUCCUGGCAGAUUUUUGCUACUACUACGUCAAGAGCAUUGUUGGUGGACAACUUGUUCUUCGGCUUCCUUCAGGAGUGGUGUAACUUUAACAUUCAUUUUCAGAUCCCUCAGGUUGGGCUAUCCUUUAGUAUUAUUCAGCACUCAGGCAGUAUGGAUAGCUGCUAGAGAAGUUUGAUAUGUUAUGUAUGUGCGGUCGUUGGGUUGACAGAGUUGGGAAUGUAACAUAUGUGUAACUUGGAGAAAUUUUAAUUUAUCUUUGAUCAAUUCCAAGUUACUAUUGGUAAUUGCCAAGAUAUCAAAAUAUCAAAUAUGUUAAUCUUCUGAGCUGAUAUUUGUUGUGAAA